GACUGUGCGAAAUAUUAUCUCGCCUGUACUCUUACCCUUAUUAUAUUCAGUCGGAGAACAGGUGUGUGCUAGGAAGUAGGCUGCGCUGACCGCAUCAGCAGUUCACGGAGACCGUUCCCGCUCGCCGGUUCGCUGCGGCUCAACUGGGGACAAACCUUAUCAAGGAGUCAAAACAGGUACCAUGAGAGGCAUUACCGUACGGACUGUGUCACACUGGAUCGUGGACUACUCCGCGUUGAGAUGGACUGUGACUUAAGUGUCGUUUCGAGACGUUGAGCGUUUGCAGGUGAAAUUGACCCGGUUUCAUUUAAGCCAAUAAUUGUACCGUAGGCUAUAUUAGGUCAUGUUGUCUGCGUUCAACACGUUGCCUGAGAGCGAGGCUGGAACGGGUCACCGGUUCACCCCCUCCAUUAUAAUUUAGGAUGACGCCCCGUAGGCAAACCUGCUCGGUUUCUCACCCCGUCCUCAGAGUUCAAACACCUCAUUAGCAGACUGAGCGCUCCUGAGCGCUCACGGUGACCCUCCCUGUUUGGCUGCCUGGCCGACAUCCCGGGGAGGUGAUGCGACGGUUCGUCUACUGCAAGGUGGUGUUGACCACCUCUCUAGUGUGGGUGCUGGUGGAUGUGUUCUUGCUGCUCUACUUCAGCGAGUGCAACAAAUGUGAUGACAGGAAAGACCGCUCACUGCUCCCUGCCCUCCGAGCUGUGAUAUCUCGGAGCCAUGAGGGUCCAGGGGAGAUGGGCAAGGCAGUGAACAUCCCAAAGGACGACCACGAGAAGAUGAAGGAGCUCUUUAAGAUUAACCAGUUCAAUCUGAUGGCCAGUGACAUGAUUGCACUCAACAGGAGUCUGCCGGACGUGAGGUUGGAUGGCUGUAAGACCAAAGUGUACCCAGACGACCUGCCCAGCACCAGCAUUGUCAUCGUGUUUCACAACGAGGCGUGGAGCACACUGCUUCGGACUGUUCAUAGUGUCCUCAACCGCUCUCCCAGACACUUGCUUGUGGAGAUCGUGCUAGUCGACGAUGCCAGCGAGCGAGACUUCCUGAAGAAGAAGCUGGAGGACUAUGUGCGGACUCUGGAGGUGCCUGUGAGGAUCCUGAGGAUGGAGCAGCGUUCGGGUCUAAUCAGAGCCAGACUGAGGGGGGCAGCUGCCACCAAAGGGCAGGUCAUCACCUUCCUGGAUGCUCACUGCGAGUGUACCGUCGGCUGGCUGGAGCCCCUGCUGGCUCGAAUCAAAGAGGACCGGACAGCAGUGGUGUGCCCCAUUAUCGAUGUCAUCAGUGACGAGACAUUUGAAUACAUGGCAGGCUCAGAUAUGACCUAUGGUGGAUUCAACUGGAAGCUGAAUUUCCGCUGGUACCCUGUUCCCCAGCGGGAGAUGGAUCGACGCAAAGGGGACAGAACACUGCCUGUCAGGACUCCAACCAUGGCAGGAGGGUUGUUCUCUAUAGACAAAACAUACUUUGAAGAAAUAGGAAGCUAUGAUCCAGGGAUGGAUAUCUGGGGUGGAGAGAACCUGGAAAUGUCUUUCAGAAUCUGGCAGUGCGGUGGCUCUUUGGAAAUUGUAACAUGUUCCCACGUGGGCCAUGUUUUCCGGAAGGCCACCCCAUACAGCUUCCCUGGAGGAACGGGCCAAGUCAUCAACAAGAACAACAGGCGCCUGGCCGAAGUCUGGAUGGAUGAUUUCAAAGACUUCUUCUAUAUCAUAUCACCAGGUGUGAUGCGGGUGGACUAUGGAGACGUUUCUUCCCGUAAAGCCCUUCGUGAGGCCUUGAAGUGCAAACCGUUUUCCUGGUAUCUAGAGAACAUCUACCCAGACUCCCAGAUCCCAAGAAGAUACUACUCACUUGGUGAAAUAAGAAAUGUUGAGACCAACCAGUGUGUGGACAACAUGGGAAGAAAGGAGAACGAGAAAGUUGGCUUUUUCAACUGUCACGGCAUGGGCGGAAACCAGGUGUUCUCAUACACGGCGGAUAAAGAAAUUAGGACAGAUGACCUCUGUCUGGACGUUUCCCGCCUCAACGGACCUGUCGUCAUGCUCAAGUGUCACCACAUGAAGGGCAAUCAGAUGUUUGAGUACGAUGCCGAGCGACUCACCCUAUUGCAUGUGAACAGCAACCAGUGUUUGGACAUGCCGUCUGAGGAGGACAAGAUGGUCCCCACCCUGAGAGAUUGCAGCGGCAGCCGCUCUCAGCAGUGGCUGCUGCGUAACAUGACCCUUAGCGUCUGAUCCCUGACCUCACUGCCCCCCAUCACAACCCCCAGCCCCACCGCCAGUCUGUCCUCAUCCUAACCAGUCCUGGCUCUCCACAUCCUCACCAGGUGGCUCUUACCACACACAUCAUAUGCCUCUUCCUGUAACAGCCUGGCCAGCGAGUAUGAAAGAUCCAGGCAGCAGCUGCUUAUCUUCCAUUAUGGAGGCGUCUCCUCUUACCACUUCACCACAGGUUUGAGAGAAGCUGCACCUGCCAUUCCGGCGACAUGAUGAGCUGUAGCUUUGGGGACCUUGUCGAAUCCAAGCAGGGAGGACAAUGUGUAAGGUCUGUGCAAGGAAAACACUAUCAUCAAAUCUCUCACACUGUGUUGGACAGCUGCUAGCCAUGCAUCCACUGAGCUGCUCAGACUGCUGCUUAGCUGCUGGACAAAAAUUUUAACGAAGAGCAUCUAUAACAAGAAUAUUGUUAGACACGUCUCUGCGGUGGUGUGCACUGUAAAUGACCUUCCUUGUGCGGUGUACAUGCAGUGCAUUUGUGUCUACAGUAGAUACAAUCAUAAAACAAGACUGUUGUUAUGGCUGCUGCUCAUCUUCUUUCCAUAUCAGUGUCUGAGUUACAUUGAAAUAAUGGGAAAGUGAUGUUGUUAAUAGAGCCCGACCAGUACUGGAUAUGUCAGGCCGAUAUCAAUGUUGGUUAUUGAGAACCACAUAUCAGCUGAUUCUUGUUUUCAAAGUUGUACUGCAAUUUGAAUUCUCAUCACUUUUGGUGUUCACAAUGAUACUGAAGCUAUUGUGCAAUUUAUUCAUUUUUCAAAAGAGAAUGAGCAUAUUUCUAGAAAUGAUGUCUAAGCCUCAAUUCACUGGGUGGGCGUUUCCCAUGUCAUUGACUGACAUCUGAGGGUCAAUGGCACAAGGCUGUCAACUUCUGUGGUGUGUUACUUAUUGAAGAACGUUGUAGCCCUGUAUAACCUACUACCAUAAUGUAGCAUUAGCUAGCACCUGUUAGCAAUUUAAGACGUCUGUCUCUUUUAUAUCAUUCAACAUUUGGGAGGACCCAUUGUUGAAGGUGGAAUAUUAAGUUUGUAUUCCACUAAGAAAGUGAAAGUUAGCAAGCUAGCUUUCAGAUGGAAAGCUAGUUAGCUUAGCUUGCUAAUGUUCGUACUGAUUCCCACUAGAUGUUACUUUUUGUACAUGUUAUUUGAAUACUUGCUUAGUCAUCGGGAGCUCCCACACGGGAGGAGGUUUGGCUGCAUUAGCUGUAUUUCUUUCAUGGGGCCAGUUGUGGUGACGGUAAUUGACCAUGGUGUCAAAACUCACAACGAUGAACCAUGACUCGGACUAAUGAAUGGGGUAAUGUGGUGUGUGCUGAAAUCACAGUGAAAAAAAAGCAAUGGGUAACAGUUUUGGUCCUCCAGCUGGUUGACUCCCAUACAAAUAGUGCACCAAUCAAAUUUCCCAUUCUAGCCUUGUCUUCGGUACCAAAAAUUCAUGUCCCUGGAGAACAUUAAUGGGGGGGUGCUAUCGAAGCAGGCAAAUAAAUAUAAAUUCAAUUUCUUCUUUUUGGUAAUUACAGUUUUGACCAAAUAACUGCAGAAGUCACAACAAACAGUAAUGAUAUGCUGUAUAUUCUGAUUUCUUGGCAAAACUGAAUUCUCA